AUGGCUUGCACUGGCUGUUCAAAUGCAGUAAACAAGGCGUUAUCUAGACUCGAAGGUGUGGAUAAAGUUGAAAUUAGUUUAGAGAAACAACAAGUGGUUGUCGAUACCAGUCUUCCCCGUGAAACCGUUCUUGCUGCCAUUAAAAAGACAGGAAAAACUGUUAAAGAUGAAUAA